GAGUUAUUGUUGCCAGUAUUCCUUAAAUUAUUUCCCAACAUGUUGCCUUCCACUUUCCAGGACAAGAUGAAAGAACAGGAGGCAUUGAAAAGAAGGUUAAAUGCAAGAAUAGAAUAUGCCAAGUUUCUUCAAGAUACUAUAAAAGAAAUGGCAAAGGAGAUUCAGAACUCACAAAGUGGAGAAAUGAAGAAGACAGCAAAAGAUCUUGAUGAAUUUAUGAACAAGGUCAGAACAGGUGCUCGAGUUUCUAACGAUGAAAUCUUAGGAUUUGCCAAAUUAUUUAAUGAUGAGCUCACCCUGGAUAACAUUAGCAGGCCUCUCUUGGUAAAUAUGUGUAAAUAUAUGGGCAUCAACCCAUAUGGAACUGAUGCAUAUUUGCGUUACAUGCUCCGCAAAAGAUUACAGGAGUAAGAUUCAUUUAUUCAUUUUCCCUUUCUGUUAACUCUGGUUCUUCUCUGGUAAUUUUCAUUUUAUGCUUUAUGGUGAAAAUUUUCUUUGUAUGGUGGUUUAGAUAAGGAUUUUUGCAAUUUCUUAGAUUUCUUAAAUAUUUGU